AUGUCAAUUCGUAACAGCAUCACCGGCCCGUCCGCCGAGACUACUGUCGGCAAAGACAGCUCUGCAGCUGUCUUCAAUCUCCCCAAGCAAUUGCUCUGCGAGUCAUCCACAUACUUCGAGGCCGCACUUAACAAUGGCUUCGCCGAAACUGCCACCCAGAAGAUCACGCUCGACGACGACGACGAUCAUCCCGAGAUCUUCCGUACUUACGCUGCCUGGUUAUUCGAACGCGAACUUAGUCAAGAGAGCAUCGGUGAAGUGGCCGACGUAGAACAUCACUUGUUCUUUGUCUAUAUCUUCGCGGACAAACGGGGCAUAAGACGUCUAGCCAACGACGUCGUUACCAAAAUGUCUUCGCUCUGGGUCACUCAAUCCAUCGAUUUGAGCACUACAGUCGAGUGUCUGCCUCUGCUUCUACCUGGAUGCACUCUCUACGAACUUACCUUGGACAACUUGAUUCUAGCAUCGAGGGCCGGAACGUAUGGCUCAGAUGAAUGGAGAGCCUUUUGCAGCCAUCCUCAAGAGAUCAUGGUAGAGCUGUUCAAAAGAGAACAACGCUUUCCUGACUCUUUCAAGCACCUCCAUGACUGCUUCGGAUCGAUUUGCCAUUACCACGAGCACGAAGAUAUAGACGAGGAAGACAAAUGUAUUAAAAUGACAGCGAGGGGUCGCAAUGUCCAUUAUGGUCACGAAUUCUUAUGGGACCAGGUGGAAUGGCGUUGGUAG